AUGUCCACGGAGGAGCUGUCAGCCUCCGACAGCGAGCCCGCGCUGGCAGGCACCGGUGAGCGCUGGGCGCCGGUGGGCGCAGUGUCUAACCCCGAGGAGGAGCGCGCUGUCGGCGGCCAACCGAGGCAGGGAGGCUCGGUCGUCGGAGCAGACCCGGACGAAGAAAUGGCGGGGCGGCUGAGGAAGCUGGAGGACGAGCAGGAAUUGCUCAACUCGUCGCUGCUCGCCCUGACGUCGCAUUUUGCCCAGGUGCAGUUCCGACUCAAGCAGAUCGUCCACGCGCAGAGCGACGAGAAGGAGAAGAUGCUCACUGAGCUGGAGGAGUUCGCCUUCCGGGGAUGCCCCCAUGUGGUGGGGUGCGGACCCCGGGGCGCCGGGCACCUCCACAACACGGAGGACUUGAGCGAGCGGGAGAAACGGGAGCGUCUGGAAGCUCAGCGAGAGAAGCAAAAAGAUUUGAUCUUCCAGCUAAAGACUCAGCUGGACGAUCUGGAGCACUUUGCCUACCAGGAGGGAAGCUACGACUCGCUGCCGCAGUCCGUCGUCAUGGAGCGCCAGAAGGUCAUAAUCGACGAACUGAUCAAAAAGUUGGACGUCAACCUGAACGAGGACAUCGGCGACUUGUCGCCCGAGGAGCUGCGGCGGCGCGUGGACGCCGCCAUCGCGCAGAUCGUUAACCCGGCGCGGGUCAAGGAGCAGCUGGUAGAGCAGCUCAAGACGCAGAUUCGAGAUCUGGAGAUGUUCAUCAACUUCAUUCAGGAUGAGGUGGGCAACCCUCUGCUGUCUGACGGCGUGCGCAGCCAGCAGCCUCUUGCGGCUUCCGCUGAGGCCAGGGGUCGCGGAGGGAAGCGGCCAGUGGACCCGGCGCAGGCGCAAAGGAUGCGCGAGACGGGCCUGCAGUUGAUCCAGAAGGCGCUGACGGUGCUUCAGAUGUUCGCCGCCAGCCAAUUCGGCUGUUCGGUCGGCCAGACGCCGUCGGCCUGGCCCCAGGAGUCGGAGCAGCGCGACUACGGUCCCCUCCUCCGUCGUCUAGAGGUCACCGUGGACAAGGUCCGUGUGCUGGGCUCGCGUCGCCAGUCGGGCCCGGACCACGUGGUCCACUACGGCGGGAGCCUGGCGGCAGGGCCGCGCGACGAGCUUACAGCGUGCGUCCGUAAGGAGCUGGCCCCAGUUCUCAAGGACUUGCUGGCUCACGGCCUGGUAUCGCCGUCCCAGACGGUCAGCCUGGUUCUGGCGCCAAUCUCCUGCUUGCUACCCCGGCAGAGCGCCGGCCCUCAGACGGCGCACCCCUGGGAGCUCUUCGUCAAGUACUACCACUGCAAAAACGGCAAAGCUUUUGCCGAGUCGCCCGCCCGUCAGCUGUCGCAGUCUUUCGGCCUGCCGGUCGGGGGCAACCAGGUCGGCGUCACGCCUAAACAGUCGCUCUUGUGGGCCGUCCACACGGUCCUGAAGGAACAUGGCCGCUACAAGCGGGGCCCCGACACGGAGUUCAAGGCGCUGGUGUGUAUGGCCCUCAAUGAGCAGCGGCUGGUGUCGUGGCUCAACCUGGUGUGCAAGACGGGCUCGCUGGUGCAUCCCCACUACCUGUCCUGGAGCUAUAUGGCGCAAACCGGCUUCGAGGGCGCGCUCCGCAUCCUGGGGCGCAUCAGCCACCUCAAGUUCGACCUACCCGUUGACUUGGCUGUGCGCCAGCUCAAGAACAUCAAGGACGCCUUUUGA